CGGACGGAAAAUUCUGUAAAAAGUGGGAGCUAAAAUCGUUGUAAAAAGUGGAAAAUUAGCUAUAUUCGGCUUCUUUCGUCCUCGGUAAGAGCUAUCUCAACUCACUCCGUUGGAGAGGUAACCCGUGAAAGGACCAGCGAUUUGGAAAAGAUCCGCAAAAGACUGAGAACAGAAAUGAGCGUGACUCUACACACGGACGUUGGAGAUAUCAAGAUUGAAUUGUUCUGCGACGAUUGCCCCAAAACCUGCGAGAACUUUCUGGCCUUGUGCGCCAGCAAUUACUACAACGGAAGCCUGUUCCACCGAAACAUCAAGGGGUUUAUCGUCCAAACUGGUGACCCUACCGGAACCGGCAAGGGCGGGCUGUCGAUAUGGGGCCGAAAGUUUGAAGACGAAUUCAAAGAGAGCAUCAAACACAACGAACGGGGUAUGGCGUCGAUGGCAAACAGUGGACCAAACACCAACGGCAGCCAGUUCUUUUUCACUUACGCCGCCCAACCUGCGUUAGACCUCAAAUACACUCUGUUCGGGAAAGUUAUAGACGGGUUCGAGGCUUUGGAUGAGCUGGAAAAGUUGACCGUAAAUCCCAAAACGUAUCGUCCGUUGGUGGAGAAGAAAAUCAAUAGCGUCACGAUACAUGCAAAUCCUUUAGCAGGAUAGACCGUGGGUUAUGAUUAAGAUUUAGGGUUCAAAAUACAUUUUUUUUAUUACAUUAU